AUGUUAAUGACUGCGAAAGAAACUCAGGAUGACGUAGAUUGGGAAACAACUCAUAACUGUAUUCACAAAUUAUUAUGUGGUGUUCAUUCAACUGAAGAGAUUAAACAUUCCAUCGAAAAUCUAUUCAACAAGUUUUUACUUUCGAAAUCUGACAAUUCAAUUUAUGGAUUCUUCCAAAGAGAGUAUUUUACUUUUAUGGAAUUACAUCCAUAUAGACGAUAUUGCAUUAUACAAUUUAUUCUUUUAUUAGAUCUAAAUUACAUUUCCGAACGUCUUUUAGUCGUUUUGUCCAAUAAUGAUCUGGAUCAUGUCAAUUGGUCUCAUAUUCUUCAAUUGAUAUCUGUUAUGAUUACAUGUAUUAAAGGAGGUGUGUCCACUGUUAAAUUUAUAAUUCAUCAACUUCUAAUGUCAUUAUUCAAUUCAAAUAUGAAUUAUAUCAACAAUGAUAAUGUUGAUUUAGAUUGUUUACAUUUAUUAGAUGAUGUAUUUAUUCAUAAAAGUCAAUUGAAUGUUUUAACAUCAAUUAAACAUGAUAAACAAUUAUUGAUAGGAGUUUUAUUAAUUGCACGUCAAUUAUGCUCAGAAGAUAAUCGAUUAACUGGGAUAAAUUAUAAACAAUGGUGGAUGGAAACAUUUUGUAAUCCAUUACUAUCAACACAUAAUAAUAAUAGUAAUAAUAAUACACAGAAUGUACUUUCAUCACAAACCGAUCCAAAAUUUCUACAAAUUCAAGUCAACACUCGACCUAAUUGGUUUAAUCUUGUAAAAAGAUCAAUGAAUAAUAAUCGAAUCAAAAUUCAUACUGAUAAAAUUCGUGUAAAACCGACUGAAGUAAUUGUGUCAUUCAAUGAAGAUGAGUUAAUAAUCCCGAUUGAUUUGGAAUGUACAAAUAUGAUAACUGAUAGUAAUAAUCAUAAUCAUAAUACCUACAUAGAAUCUUGUAUAAAUCGAUGGAAUGAUUAUUGUGAAAUUGCACAAGGACGGUUAGCUGAAUUAAGGGAACACUGUUGUGCAACAAAAAUGGUCACAACGGUUAAAAAAAUCUCUGAUUGUCCAGAUGCUUAUACUACUCCAGGAUGGAGUGAUGUUCUAAAUUGGCUAAAUGAAAUCGCGAUACAACGUACUGUUGAUUAUUGUAGUGGUGAUAUUUCUAAAUGUCGAUUACCGUCCAAUUGUCUACCAUCAUGUUAG